GUCACAUCACUACUACAUAUUACUACUGCCCUCACUUUGGUGACACUGCAGAUUCGAGCGACCCGUUAUCUUGGUUUGCAUUGCAUUGCAGUGCAGUUCCUUGCAACUUGGAAUCUUGGAAGCGGAAGCGCGCCUUUACCUACUACGAGUAAUCAACCACUAUUUACCCUGGAACCCCGCGCGUCUCGAUCGAGUCCUGCACUUGUCGCUGGCCUGUCGAUCUGCUAGCUACUCGUAUGGUGGCGCCCAUCUCCCAAUCCUACUCGUACUCCCACCUCCAAGCCACAAUUCCUCCAACAUCAUUCACUGUACAUAGUCGUACUUCGUAAGACCGGAUCGGAUCGCUUUCGUCUCUUCUGCGUCCGUCUGCCUCCACCUCCCUCCCCCAACCGUCGCUACACUUCCCACUCCCAUAGAGUAAUCAUCUCUACUGCGGACUGCGGACUGUGAUCAGCGACUUGCGACUUACGACCUGCAAACUGCGACCACCAUAAUGGGGUCCUCACGCUUCUCGUGGUGCUAUUCCACCUGCGCGCUGGUCGUCGCUCUCGCCUCCGUCGCCUCCUCCGCCCGCAUCGAGCCCUCCGACAAGAACACUGUCAUAGACACCUCCAAAGGCAAUCUUACUCUGCAGACCUCCAAUGGAGCCAAUCUGUCUGACCUCGUUCCUCUUACCAGAAAUGCCAUCAUCUCGCAGAAUGACCCUCUCCAAGGAAACCUCCGUUAUACCAACUUUGACACCGUCCAGAACCUCACCAACACCGAUGUCGCAUACAUGAGCUGCGAUCCUAAUGACUAUAAUGGUUUGCUGGACGCUGACGCCCUGUUCACGCAGGCGCGGGAUGGGCACAACCUUACGGCGAUCAUCUUAUUCAGUCUGAGUGCGGACUUUUGCACGUACGGUGAAGACCAGUCCGACCCCACUAAGCAGGAGUUUCCGGUCUACUCCAUGAUGAUGCAGCAACAGUCCGACGCGGUCGCUACCGAGUUACGCGCUGCCGAACCCGACCCUGCCAGAAAGUUCUUCGUCAAGAUCGUCGCAGGAGGUAAAGGUAAUGGAGAUUCUCAGAACUCCAACCCUCCAAAUCAGAGCCCUCUUGGUCCAUCGCCUUCCACUGCAGUCGCCAUGAUUAUCCUCUAUAGUAUAACCGGUAUCAUCACGGCACUGUUCUUGAUCAUAAUUAUCACUGGUGCUGUUCGAGCACAUCGCCAUCCGGAGCGAUAUGGGCCCCGCGACAUACUCGGUCGACCCAGGCAGAGCAGGGCUCGAGGCCUCGGAAGGGCCAUGCUAGACUCCAUUCCCAUCGUAAAGUUCGGCGAGCGUGAACCGCCCAAGCCGACAGAUGUCGAGAUGGCGUCGACGUCGGAAGCAAGGAAUGUCGACAACGACGGCACGGCUGGAACAACUGCAGAAACAACCACCAACCAACGCUCAGAGACAGAGACACAACAGGAACCACCCAGCCAGACGGCCACCACUCAGACAGCAGAUGAACCCAAGGACACGAAUUCCAACCAAGCCUCCUCUGGCAUGGGCCCCGCACUCGCCGCUGGUGCUGCUGCUUCCGAGUCCAAUACCUCCGAGGAGGAACAUCUCGGUUGCUCCAUCUGUACGGAUGAUUUCGAGAAAGGCCAAGACAUCCGGGUACUCCCUUGCGACCACAAAUUCCAUCCCGAGUGUGUCGAUCCAUGGUUGUUGAACGUCUCCGGCACAUGUCCGCUAUGCCGUGUCGAUCUCCGUCCAUCGUCCUCCGGUUCGGGCCGCACCAAUGGCUCUCAAGACCCAGACCACAUGCCGCCGCCACUCGAUGGAUUCGAGAAUGAAUCCGGUCACCGUCGCCGCUCUGCUCUUCGCGAUCUCUUGAAUGGCCGCUCCCCGCUCAACAACCAUGCCGAGGCGCGUCUCGCUGCAAUCCAACGUCUCCGCGAAGAGGAGGCUGCAAAUGCUAACCCAGAGGAUGCCACGGCUGCACGGAGGAGCAGGCGGAUGAGCGCCCGGUUGAGUGGUGUCUUCCACAUUAGGACGAGGAGGCACGGUGCCGAUGCAGUCCCUGAUGUUCCACCUUCUACCGACGUCGCCGAGUCCUCUACUGCGGGCGCGGCCGCUUCAGAGUCUACUCCAGUGGCCGCUACUACGACGCCUUCCAACGCUGCGGGUUCUUCCAGCAGCUCGGUUCCAGACGAGAAUGCUACCGCAACCGCUGAACGGAAGGCCUGAACUUGAACACUCGAUACCUUCAGACAUGAAACAUUGAUGACGAUACAUACUUCUCCACAUACGAACACGAUACCUCUUUCCCUUUUCUCGUUCUCCAACAUCUGGCGUAAAUCCCGGCUUAGGCGUUCUUUCUCCCAUCUCUCAUCACGAUACCAGCCACGCGGCACACAUCUCUCACGUCUUCAUUCAUCAUGAUCCCAUUCCUCAUCAAAACCACCCGGUUCUCUUUGGAUACCUUUUGGAUCUCACUAUGCAUUUGUUUGGCGC